AUGUUACAGCGUAAGAUCCCAUCCAACGGUUCAACUUCACUGCCAAGGGAUUGCGUGUAUAGAUCCAACGGCUGGGAGAUCAGAGGACAAGAGAAUAAAAAGAACGCACUGAGUCACACAAAGCUACGCGAAGCUAUCCACAACCACACCACCGCCAGAUAUUUUUACUGUGCAAAUUCAUGCCGCGUCAUUUACACCUUCUACUCCAGAGCCUACUGUUCCCUUCUCCACAAUCGCGUUUCGCCACGCCGCGCCGCGCUUAACCCUUCCUUCCUUCUUUCACACUCUCUUCGCACACAUCAUACCAUAUUUCUUCCUGCGUAUUACUCUUUAGAAACUGUGAAAAAUUUCACAUGUGGUGUAAAUCACGUAACUGUUCACAAAUUCUCGAAGAAACAAAAGAAAUGUGGGAUAAUAAGGCAGAGAAAAAAUAAUUUAAAAGAGAAGAAAACAAAGAAAGAAGAGAAACGUAACCCUAGAAUUCGUGGAGUAUUAAAAUUGGGUGCAGCGUACGCUCACUCUGAACACGCGCCUCUUCUUCCUCAUUUAUCUCUCACUCUCUUCUUCUUCGCCGUAUCCUGUUGGCUCUCUCUGUUCACUCUCCAUCGUCGGAUUUCAAAACCCUACGCCGCUCGCUUCUCUGUCCCCAAAUCUAGUCAAUUCCAAUCCAAUCCAAUUGACGCGCUAGAUGUUCCUGUUCUGAUCAUGUGGUUCGUUGCAAAUAGUAUGAUUGCUUCCACGGUGUGUUUUGGAAGGAGUCAGACGUUGUUAGGUUAA